GGGAGGACGUGCGCGUCCUCGCUCCUUCCUCUUUCUCGACUCCAUCUUCGUGGUAGCGGCCGCGGGGGCUGUGCUUCAGCCGCCUUUAUUUCUUCAGUCGCCAACAUGCAGCUCUUUGUCCGCGCCCGGGAGCUACACACCCUCGAGGUGACCGGCCAGGAGACGGUCGCCCAGAUCAAGGCUCAUGUAGCCUCACUAGAGGGCAUCGCCCCGGAAGAUCAAGUCGUGCUCCUGGCAGGCACGCCCCUGGAGGAUGAGGCUACCCUAGGCCAGUGUGGGGUGGAGGCCCUGACAACUCUGGAAGUAGCCGGCCGCAUGCUUGGAGGUAAAGUCCAUGGUUCCCUGGCACGUGCUGGGAAAGUGAGAGGUCAGACUCCUAAGGUGGCCAAACAGGAGAAGAAGAAGAAGAAGACAGGCCGGGCCAAGCGGCGGAUGCAGUACAAUCGGCGCUUUGUCAAUGUUGUGCCCACCUUUGGCAAGAAGAAGGGCCCCAAUGCCAACUCUUAAGUUUGUUGUAAUCCUGGCUUUCUCUAAUAAAAAGCCACUUAGCCCAGUCA